GUUUGUUACGUUAUUGAGGAACACGCCUCUGUUUUGUUCUGUUUGGUUUGUUUAGACCAAAAAACAAAUGGUUGUGCGUAAUUCGUUCCUAGAAAGCCUGAGCUUCAGUAAAAUGUCAACUAAGGAGGGGGCAGAAGAUAAAAACGCUCAAGCUGUGGCCAUGUCCCCAGAAAGAAUGGCCACUGACAAAAGCAGAGAAAACCAGAACCAGUGUGGAGUUGAGACAACAGGCACCAGCACAGACACCAGCACAACAGCAAAAAACUUAGCUCUGCUCAAAGCCCUCUCUCUGGAUGUAAAGUUUGAUGUAGGAGAAGAGUAUGAUGUUAUAGAAACUAUUGGCACAGGUGCUUAUGGAGUAGUUUCCUCAGCCAGGAGGCGGGACAAUGGUCAGCAGGUGGCAAUAAAAAAGAUCUCCAACGCAUUUGAAGUGGUGACAAAUGCCAAACGCACACUGCGAGAGCUGAAGAUUCUAAAGCACUUCAAACAUGACAACAUUAUCGCCAUCAAGGACAUUCUGCAGCCAAACCUUCCUCACUCUGCCUUCAAAUCUGUGUAUGUGGUGCUGGACCUCAUGGAGAGCGACUUGCACCAGAUCAUACACUCUGGCCAGCCUCUAACCCCAGAGCACACACGCUACUUUCUCUACCAGCUCCUCCGUGGCCUUAAGUAUGUGCACUCUGCCAAUGUCAUCCACCGCGACCUCAAACCCUCCAACCUGUUAGUGAAUGAGAACUGUGAGCUGAAAAUUGGUGAUUUCGGCAUGGCGAGGGGUCUCAGCUCCCACCCUGAGGAGUCUCAUUCCUUUAUGACUGAAUACGUGGCGACUCGAUGGUACCGUGCCCCCGAACUCCUCCUUUCUCUGAAUCACUAUACUUUGGCGAUUGACUUAUGGUCAGUAGGAUGCAUCUUUGCAGAAAUGCUGGGGCGUAAGCAGCUUUUUCCUGGAAAGCACUACGUCCACCAGCUCCAGCUCAUUUUGUCUGUGUUAGGUACCCCUCCUGAUGGUUUAAUCUGUGCCAUUAGGGCUGACAGGGUGCGCUCCUAUGUUCAGAGUCUUCCAUCACGGUCUCCUGUGCCCUUGAGUAAACUCUAUCCACAAGUCGAGCCAGAGGCUUUGGAUCUGCUGGGGGCCAUGUUGCGCUUUGACCCUCGUGAGCGAAUAAGCGUGACACAAGCGCUGGAGCAUCCUUACCUGGUCAAAUACCAUGACCCGGACGAUGAGCCAAUUUGCGUACCAGCUUUUGACUUUGAGUUUGAUAAGCUUCCAAUGAACAGAGAACAAAUUAAAGAAGCAAUUCUGAUUGAGAUCCAGGACUUUCAUCGCAAUAAACAGGGCUGCCGUCAAAGACUGCAGUUCAGACCCUUGGCGAGGGCAAACGGUGGAGCAGGAGGAGCGGCACCCCAAACCACUGUCCACUGCAGUGAGGCCUCCACUGUCAGCCUGACCAAAUCAGCUCUGGUUCCUAUUGCACAACAGCCUCAAGGAACCCAAAUACAGCAACAGCAAAUUAGAGAAGUUAAAUCUCAACAACAACAAGACAGUGGGAUACACACACCAGCAGAAGGGAAGCUCACAUUCACAAAUCAAAUGCAGUCCUUUAAUAAACAGCCUGUUUCCCUUGCCCCCGCCCAUGUGACCCAUCUGCCUCUCCUCACUAAGACUGAAAGUGGCCCAGUUGAUGUGGACAUGCCCAGUGCCAACUCAGAUAGCGGUCAGCCAGAGACUAUAGAUUUAACAACGCCGGUGUCUAAUCAGGACACAGCAUCAGAAACUAUGAGAGACAAUGAGCCACAGGAGCCUCUGCCCAGCAGCCAGGCCUCUCUGACUCAGCCCACCCAGAGCCAGUCCAUGACCCAGGCUCCCACCUCCAUUUCUGCAACACCAGCACAGACACUCACACCCUUACCCACCACAGUGCCUUCACUGUCUCUGUCUGCGGCACAAGCCCAGUCUCUGUCUCAGUCCUUAUCACAGUCAUUGUCCAAAAAUGCCAGGCCUCCCCCAGGUGCAGGAGAGGCGACGAGAAAAGAGGGACCGAUAUCAGAGGAUACCAAAGCUGCACUUAGAGCAGCCAUAUUGAAAUCAGCUCUCAGAAAUAAAGCUAGGGGUGAUGGAGUGACCUCUGUACUCGACGCCAGUGCAGGAGGAGGUGCAUCGUCCUCCCUGUCGUCUCUUCCAGAGUCGCGUCGGCCUGUCACCGCCCAGGAACGUCAGCGGGAGAGAGAGGAGAAAAGGAGGAAGAGGCAAGAACGAGCAAGGGAGAGGGAGAAGAAAAUGAAAGAAAAGGAGAGAAGGGAGGGAAAACAGGGAGACUCACUGGGCGGGGUUCUGCUGAGUGACAAUGAUAAGAGCCUGUUGCAGCGUUGGACAAAGAUGAUGGACAGCCGCAAUGAAAAAUCUCACAUUUCUAAUAACGAUGGAGGAAAGAAGAAGGACUGUAAAGUGAACUCACACUGUAAUGUAGCUAUGACAGAUAAUUCUCAAGGAUCACUGAAUGUUAAAACAGAGUUAAGGAAAAUACUGUCUCAUGAGCAAGUUAUUUCUCAUGUUAAACCUAACCAGCCUGGUUUGUUUCAGCCUGCUAGUACCCAGCAGCCACCGCUGGUGUUCUCCAUGAGCCAGAGGAAACCUCCAGCAGAUAUAGUCGUUGGUGUAAGUGGAGGGAUGGAUAUAGUGACUGUGACUGGUGGCUUUGUUAAAAACAACACACUCAAACCUCACAAUGAGAACGACGGACACAGUGGUUUCAACUGUUUGGGCAGCUGGGGGGGGCACCAGUUAGAUGCGAGGCCAUCACAGCAACCGCAACCAAACAGGACCGUGCAGCCUCCCCCAUCCAGUUUCCUUCAGCCCCAUCUCCAACCUCAGACACAGAACCAAUCUGAACCUCAACCUCAACCACAGCUGCUUCCACUAGAGAGUUUUUUGACCAAAGCCUCGCCUCCCAGAGAGACUAACGGAGAUGUGAAUAUCGGAAGCCAAAAUAACCUUAACUCUCAUCCGAACCCCUCUAAUGCAAACACUGGACCUAUGGAGAAGCUAUGUUCAACUGUAGGAGAGAAACCAGGACCUCAGAGCACAAACCCUCUCUGUGGGACUUUAGGCGUCCCGGCUCAGCCUCAUCCCAGUUUAGGGUUCACUGACACUGGGCAGCCGGGUCCGUCUCUGGCCCCCGACAUACACACAGUGACACUGCAGCUCUCCAAGUCCCAGGUAGAGGAUGUUUUACCCCCCGUAUUCUCAGUCACCCCUAAAGGCAGUGGGGCUGGAUACGGCGUGGGCUUUGACCUGGAUGACCUUCUGAAUCAAUCUCUUACAGAUCUGCAACACUGUGACCGGGACAGUUUCGACUCCGCCCCGCUGUCGGCCUCCCUCUUAUCAGAUUGGAGCGAGGUUCACCGCAUGACUCCAGCGGAUCUGGAAUCACUGCAGCAGGAGUUGCAACUAGGCUCUCCCAUGAUCCUCUCUGACACCAUUACCCCUGAUGCCUGACCCUCGUUUCCAUGGAUUUUAAGAGCAACACUUGGACUUGUGUAAAUAUUAGAUUUUCUAGCAUGAAAGCCUUGAGCAAAGACUUGCACAAUUAAUUUAAAAGUUAGCUUUUUAACAGGAAAUACCAAGCACUCUUUUUUUUUUUUUAACCAUGACAACAUGUCACACUUUGUUAAUAAAGAAACUGUCAUCACCA